UCUCUCCUCUGCUUUAUUUUUGCAGUCAUCGCUGACUCGUUGACGGUAACGGCACCGGCCCAGACUCUGUCCAAGGUGGAAGGCGACACACUGCAGCUUACCUGCGAGGUGUCUCGGACCACACUGCAGCACACUCACUUAUCCGUGGGUUGGUACCUGCGGUCCCCCGAGGACGCGUCCGCGCCCCCUCAGGAGCUGGUCACCUUGUCAAGGGACUUUGUUCUGCGCUCCGGGGGACCGUACCGACAGAGGAUGGCGGCGGGGGACCUCAGGCUGGAUAAGACCAGCGCUACGUCCUACAGGCUCACCAUUCACAAGCUGCAGCCGGUGGACCAGGGCCUGCUCUACUGCCAGGCCGCGGAGUGGAUUCAGGACACAGACGGCAGCUGGUUUGCCAUGACCCGCAAGCAGAGCGACAAGACUCAGCUCCGCAUUCAGCCCACUGAUCGGGACUUCAGCAUCCAGGUGAGCACAGAGCGACGGUCCUUCACGGCCGGUGAGCCGCUGGAGCUUCACUGCACCAUUGAGGCCCAGAAUGUCCCAGAGCGCUUCUUCUCGGUGUCGUGGGUCUUCAGCAGCUCACCGGUGGCCGUGGUGGGCCCCAGUGCCGUGCCUGUCCUGGGCCCCGAUUAUGUCUCCCGCGAGGCAGCCGGACACAUGACCGUGCGUAAAGAGAGCGCCAACGUGCACUUGCUCAAGCUGCAGCACCUACGCCCCGAAGAUGCUGGGAAAUACAUCUGCCGCGUGACAGAGAGGGAAAAGACGCCCACGGGAGACUUCAUCGACCGCAGCAAGAGGUCCCGCAAUGUCCAGAUCACAGUCCAGCCGCUCAAGAGCAACAUCACAGUGUCAUUGUCAAGCAACUCUUCGGAGGCCCUGGAGGGCGAUGUGAUCCAGUUGACCUGCUCCGUCCAAUCCACUACAGGCCCCCUGUCUGUCGCCUGGCAGUGGACAGACAAGCAGGCGACUGGACCGUCCCUGGAGGUGGCGGAGGUGGAGGAGGUGGUGGAGGUGGCGUCCUUCGAUCGGGACGGCACUGUAUGGCACAGUCCCUCCUACAGCGAGCGCUCCAGCUACGGGGAGAUACGCGUGGAGAAGGUGCGGGCCGACAUGUUCUCUCUGUCCCUGUAUAACGCCUUACCUGGGGAUGAGGGCCAGUACCGCUGCACAGCAACUGAGUGGCUUCAGACUGGCACUGAACCAGAGCUGAACUGGGAGAAGAUAGGAGAGAAGUCGGCCACCAAGACAGUCACCGUCAAGACUGUUGGUAAGUUAACCCAACCUUAUCCGACCUCAAUAUACUUUGCAGAGAGCAAGCUGCGAGUGCAAAAGACCAACCACUCCCAGGUGUUCCUGGAGGAUAGUCGUGUCAGGAUCAAUUGCUCCAUCAGCUCCCAGACCAGCCAGGACUCCCAGCACGCUGUGCUGUGGUACGUCAGGCGCGCGACCGGGUCAGAAGCUGACGAGCUCCUGCUGAGGAUUGAACGCUCGGGGGCCUUCGAGUACGGCGCCUACGCAGAAGAGGAGAGACUGCGGCGUCGAGUCCAGGCCGAGAGGCUGUCAACCCGUCUCUACGCGCUGACGUUAAACAGGGCAGAGAACAGCGAUUCUGGGACAUACUACUGCCUGGUGGAAGAGUGGCUGAGUGACCCAGAUGGAGCCUGGUAUCGACUCUCCCGGGAGUCCUCGGGGUUCACGCAGGUUCUGGUCAGACAGCCAGAGAUUCGACUGCAGGUGGAGGAACUGGAGUCUAACGUGACGGUGGAAGAGUCUGCCUCUAUCCGGCUGGGCUGCAGCAUUCCCUCCCAGUCGUCCCGAGACUCCCGCUUCUCCGUGUCCUGGUACGUGGAGCGCUCCGAAGACGAGGAUGAUGACGACGAGCAGCCGGACCAGGAGGAGGGAGAGUGCGUGUUCUCCAUCGGCCACGAUGCCGUGUUUGGAAAUGGAAACUGCAGCCCCAGAGAGGAGCCGGGGCCAAAUUCCCGUCUGCAGUUUGAGAGGAUGACCUCCGACCAGUACAGCUUGACCAUUCAUGGAGCGCGGCCGACCGACGCGGGCCGAUACUACUGCCAUGUACAGGAGUGGCUACUCAACCCCCGCAAUGCGUGGUACCACCUGGCCACCAACAACUCUGGGUUCACUAUCGUCAAUGUAAUGCAACAAGUGUCCACCCUCCAGUCGGUGGUGUGCUCCAACGACUCCCUCUUCUACUUUGUCUUCUUUUACCCCUUCCCCAUCUUCGGCAUCCUCCUCAUCGCCUUGCUGCUUGUGCGCUAUAAGAGCCGCAACAACAGCAAGAGCCAAGAAGGCAAGAACGGCGCCCCCCUCCUGUGGAUUAAGGAACCUCACCUCAGUUACUCCCCCACCUGUCUGGACCCACCUGCGCUCAGCCUGCACCCCGGCUCUGUCGACUAAGCGAGGGUCCCCCCCACCCCCCCCCCCCCCUCAGUCCCCCGUGCCUCACGCACAUCGAGGAUCCAGCCAACACAAUGUCAGGGAGCAGAUCUGUACUCCACCUUCAGACCUUACUGUCGUUCACUGAUGUUUAAUUAGUCAGUUUAACAAUCCCUACCCUGGUGGCUGUCUGUUUUAUGUUAACGUGUGUGUGUGUGUGUGUGUGUGUGUGUGUGUGUGUGUGUG